AUCCUACGUAGGCUAUAACAUCAGUGGCGACUCAGGCAGAAGGGUAGUCCAUGGUGCACAGUGAAACACUAAGGGUGGGAAUCUAAAUUACAUUUGUUAAACAUUAAGUUGGUAUACUUAAAACUUCUCAGAGACUUGGUUGUUUCAAAAAAGCUAGCAAACGAUGGCUUCCCAAGAUUGGAUCGAUAUUUUUCAAGAAAAGGUGAUGGAACUCAACGAGGAAGAUGACUGGCAGAUUGAGUUUGAUGACUCCAUCAAGCCAAAUGGAACGGAACCAGGCUGGCAGCAAUACUCCACAAAGACAUUUGCAUGGUUUCAGUGCUCAAAGUGUAAGAGAAAGUGGCCCUCGAGCCGUGUGAUGGUUGUGUUCCACAUGAAGCUGUGGAAACGACAGAGAAAAGGAGUCGUGAAAGUACGUCAGCUCUGUCAGGACUGCAAGAGAUGCACUGCUGUUCCUAUGGAGAAGCCAACCUUCUCCGCAGACAACCUUGAGAUUCUGCUGGAGAGGCUGAUUGAGAAAAUCAGAUUGAAGUGCUACCAUGGGAGAACUGAUGGGGUCAAAAAGCCUUUCAGGAUGGACCCAGUGCGGUCACCUCAUGAGCCUACUCAUUGUGAAGCCUGCCUUUUGGGCGUCUGUACUAAGAAUGAGCCUGGACAAGCCAAUACGUUUUAACCCUGAAAGACACACAGUAUGUUUUGAAGUAUUAAAUAAGUGCCUGUAAUUUAGUCUGUUAACUAGUGAAUUUCAGGAAACAAUUUCAGCAACUGAAUUAUUAUUUUUAUUUUAUCAUUGCAUCCAAGGUGUUAUAUAAGAACCCUGGUAAAGUAGCAUGAUGAUGAGACAUUCAGCUAGGAUAUGAGGGGUCAUGUGUGGUCAUUGAAAUAGUACUGACUGAAAUAUUUUUGCUGUUGAUUGUUUUUCUGCAGGUACACUUGCACUUUUUGAGUUUCAUGUUAUUUAAUUGUAACUUGUUUAACUGCAUG